CCCAUAUUGGGGCGCUAGGCAGGGCACGCCAUGGGUGCGCCGCUUUGGAUGCUGCAGGCCAUCAUCCACUGCUUGCCGCCCACCCAACUCCACCAGGCUGUGACCAUCUUUAUACUUAUUCCCACCCACCUCCGGCCUCACAGGACUCCUCCCCUCUCGAUUCAACUUCACAUUGACUUUCUAAUACUUCAAGAUACCCCUUAACUACUACUGGUGGUCUAUCAGGACGCAGCACCAAGCUUUCAUUCUCGCCUUUCGCUAGACCACACUUGACUCUCUCCGCCUACUAUCAACCAACUCCCAGGACCUGUGCCGACAACUCGUCGAGCCGAUCCCUUCAGCAUACGCACACAGCAAACAUACACAGAGCAACAAUGGAGCAUUGGUCACAUCAGUUCUGCCUCGCUUGCGAUAAGCAGGUCGACUCGAACGCCGCCUACUGCUCAGAAGCCUGCCGCCUUGCGGAACUCGAGAGGUCGUCCACGCCGAGCUCGCAAGCCAGUUCACCAGGCAUGACGCCUUCAACGUACUACCCUUGGGGCUCGCCCUCGACCAAGGCCAACAGGUUCUUCUUGGAACCAGCAUACGACUUCUCCAACGCAAAGCCGUACGGACCUUCAACGACCGCGAGGCAACAUGCACUGUUCGGCGACUACUCCAUGUCUGCUUCCACCCAGUCGUCGUCCAGCCUCACACCCUCGAGCUCCGGCACCAGCCUCUCGUCCAUGCAAAGCGCAUCAGCGACGAACGAGCCGAGCAACAUCUCUGCCGAUGCCGCGAAGGAGCUGCGGGCUUACGCCAUGGCCUUUGAGUACGCCCGUUCGCAACGAAGGCGAUCAUCAUAGGCACAACCUACCUACCGCCUCUCACAUCCACAACACAACACAACUACCAUGACAUUCACGACCCUUCCUCUACCGAAACGACCAUCCUCUCAACUCAGUCACGAUCAAAAACCACACAUCACACCACACAUCAUCAUGCAACUCAUCAUCUCCUUACGUCGCAUUUGUUGUAACAAGACAAGCAUACCAUUUGGAGAAGCAUACACCAUCAGGAUAAAAAAGUUUUUCUUUCCCUUUACACUUUACUUCUACCAUCAUUCAACACCAUUCAGCAAUGACCGCCGCGGUCAUUCGAUUUGUUUUAUCACGGGGCAUCACGGAGUCAGGGGAUCAUCUCGGGGGGGCUUUAACAUUAUGAUAUCAACUAGGACAAGGGAAGGGGGGCAAUGGACGACAAAGAUUGACGGCGCAAAAGGGAAUUGAACAACUUCAGAAACACACACACAUCAAGCGCGCGAUAUAGAAGACAUUUCUUGCAUUGGCU